CAUCAUUUCAUUGCGUAAAAAAACAAUUUUAUACGAAGAUUUAUAACAAUAUUUUAAAACUUAAGUCUUCAAAUUUUGUUCCUUUGCCUCAUCAUAAAGUAUAUUUCUGGCCUCGGAGUCUAUAACAACAGCAAAUGAAAUACUAGAUACCCCCGCUUAGCGACUGCAGGGGCCGGAGGAAAAUUGAGAGGGGAUAUCUGAGGAAGUGUGGGGCAGGGAAAGGGACCUUCUGUGGAUAGGCGGAAAGGAAAUGUUCGCGAGCCCUCGUAGGUCUCAAUGUCUAGUUACAACCAAGAAGUAUACAUAUUUUUGUUUAAGUACAGACCCCUGUACUGGUCAUAUCCCAUCAAGAAGAUUUUUAUUUUUGAUGAAAAAGGUCUAUUCGCCAAACUGUACACAUUGCAAUGUACCAGAGGAUUUAUUGCAUAUUUUGAUGGAAUACGCUCGAAAUGCAGCCUUUCGCAGAGACAUGUGCAAUCACAUACUAAAAGAGUCCUCUGAUUGUAAUAUUGUUUCAGCUGAUCCUCAUUCGGAAGAUGCAAAGUUGUUCGUAAAACUGUACACCUUAUGUUUCACCUCAUAUCAGUCUAAUUAGUAUAAUUAAGUAAUCAUUGUUUGUCAUUUUAGCUAAAUUGUUAAAUAUUGGUAACAUUUAUCUACCAGAGCGACAUAAUCAGGUUACGAUUUAGCUCUGUAAUAAAUAGAAAAAGAAGUACAGACCCAGCAGUUAACUCCGAGGGAAACCUGCGGUAUACUGGUUCCCCCCGGCUUAGCGACUGCGGGAGGAGGAAGAGAGGAAGACGAGAAAUAGGGGAGGAAAGAAGGGGAAGGAAUAGGAAGUAUUAGGAUGGGCGGAGUGAAGAGGAAAUGUUCACGAGCCCGUCAUAGACCCCUAUGUGUAAUUGCAACCAUGAGGUAUACACACUGAACUGUGUGCCUAGGGCCGCGACAAAUGUCCCCCGUGCGGGCAUUCGGUGUGGAGACCGUGCGGACAAGAAUUGCCUCUUUGGGGGUGGGUGGGAAUACAUAUUGGACUUUGUACAUGGAGGAAAUUUGGGAAGGGAUAUCUAAGGAAGUAUGAGGGAAGGAGAAAGAUCCUCUUAGGAUGGGGAAGACAGGCCAGGAAAUGUUUGCCAGGCCUCAUAGGAAACCGAACGCACCAUAGCUAAGGUCGGCCAUGCCAGUACAAUAUCCAGAAUCAAUUAUAGCAAGUUACUGGCCUAAACAACGCGAGCGGCUGACUUGUGAAGCACUCUGAGUAGCGUAUUACUGUACACACAAUAGACCUCCAGAAUAAUUUCAAUUUAUUAUUAAAUUUAUUCAGUUGUGAGUUAUACGUCUGUGUACUUUAGUCGAAAAUGCUGUGGAUUUUAUUUUUAAUGAUCCAUUGUGUAUACAGCCGGCCCAAUGACAACCCGGCAGUCAACACGAAGCAUUGCAUCAAAAUGAGUUCAGCUAAAGAGACAGAAAUCAACAACAUUUUGGCAAAAUUCACCGAUUUUUUAAACAAAAUCUCUGAGGAACAUGAAGAUAUUGAUAUUCCUUAUAUCAAUAUUCAUAUAGAAAAUCAUUCUGAUGAUGAAAGUGAUGAAAAAGACACGAAAUUUCGUGUUGUGAUCAAUGAUUGUAAUGAUGUGGUGGAUAGACAUGAUAAAUCCAAUAAACAUGUACAUAAAGAUAAAGAAGAUAGUAGAGAAGUAACUGACAAAUAUCUUAAAGCUACUCAAGAUUUACCGAAUAACAGAACAUUUUUAGAAAUUAAUGAAGAACUGAUUAAUAAGAUUGAAACAUUAAAAAAUCUUUUGAACGAUUGUAAUAAAUUUAAAGCGGGCGUCGACGAAAUGCGUGAAAAUGUUAGAAAUGUUAUGGCUAGUAAUUACAAUAAUCAGUUUGUAGCAAAUAUUACUGACUAUGUUUUUACAAAUGAUCCUAGGGAGGGUAGUAGUAGGAAUGUUAAGGAUAAUGUAGUAACAGAAGAGAAAGAAAUUACAGUAACUGAUAAAAAGUUCGAAAAUAUAUACAAAACUACUCAAGAUAAUGUAAAUGAAAACAACUUUGAUAUAAAAGAUGUAAGCAAUAACAUUAAACUAGAUAUCGAAGAAAAAGGAGCAAAAGACUAUAAAGACUUAGAAAACGGCAACGAAAUUACUCAUAAAGUAUCGCCGUAUAAUACACACACUGAAAUCAAUACAUCAGCAAGAAGUGAUCAAUGGAAAGUUAAAUUUAUGAAAGUAAUUGAAAAAGUGUUAGAUGAUACGGUAUCUAAUAUACAAUAUAUUGCAGACAACAACAAUAAUAGUUACGCAAUAUUAGAAAAUUUAUAUAUUGAAAAAUCCAAACUUAAUGUUAAAUUAACCGUUGAUGACGAAGAAAUGGUUUCCGUAGAACAUGACUAUAAUCAUAACAAUAGCAAAAACGAUUUUGAAAUAAACAAAGACACAGUAGAGACACAAGAAAACUACGUAAGAAAUUUAAAUAAUUUAAAUCAAAACUAUAAUCAUAACAAGGGCAAAAAUGAUUCGGAAAUAAACGAAGACACAGCAGAAACAGAAGAAAAAUCGGAAAAAAAAUUAAACCAUUUAAAUCAAAAUGACGAGUCUUAUGCCAACACUGAAAUGGAUAGUUAUAACAAAACACGAAACAACAACGACAAAGAAUGUGAAUAUGAUGAAGACGAUGAUUUUAACGCAAAUAUGAAAACAACGCAAAAUAAUUCAAAAGACGAAUAUAUACGUGACUUAGUGACUGAUAAAGUUGAAAAUAAUUUUGCUAAAAUAACUGAGAAUAGUAAAAUUAUCCAUAUAGAGCCAAAUAAAGAUAAAAACAUAACUGUAGAUACGUACACUGGUAAUACCAAUAAGUAUGUUAAUUCAGAUACUAAAGAUACUGAAACAGAUAAUGCCAAACUAACGGAUAUCGAACAUGGAAUUAUAAAUGAUAAGGACUACUUACAAAUUAUCAAUAAUGCAGAUACCAUUUCUAUGAAUAUAAAUAACGACGAUAAUAAUUCGCAUAAACAUGAUAAACAGGAAGUAACCGAUAAAAUUGUAUUAAUUAAUCAAAUUAAUUCUAAAAAAGCAUAUAAACCCGAAGUUAACGCAUCAAUAGAUUACCUAAAAGACCUCAAUACCAAUAAUAAUUCCAUUGAUGAUAACCGAGAAAUAAAUAUAAACAAUCAAACAGGAAACAGCAUUAUAGAAGAUAAUUCAAUGGAUGUACACAAAUACAAUGACGCCUCUAACGAAAUUGUAGAAAAAUUAAUGUCCAAUUUAGAACAGAAAGUUCCUGAGUUAUUGCCACUAAGUCUAGAAGAAAACGGCGAAGAAAUGCUGCAAAUCCUAGAAAAACAGGGGGACAAAUCAAAGCCUCUAUGGGUUUACAUACAAGAGAAAAAUAACCAGAAUGAAUAUGUAUUCUUUAGUAAGAAAUAAGCAUGUUGUAAUAUACUAAUAUAUAAAGCUGAAGAGUUUGUUUGAACGCGCUAAUCUCAGAAUCUUUUUACAGUAUUAAACAUUAUAUUAGCAGAAAUAAUUACAAAAUACAAUUUUAGACACUUUUUGACUGCGUGCAACCACAGAGAACUAUAGAAUAGUCGCCGUGUGACAUAUCUUCUCUUCUGCCAGCCUGCCCGCGUAGGCGAAUACUUCCGGAAACGCCCGAUGUCAUCGGCUAGGAUAACGGCGCAUAACAAAUUUAUGUUUGGAUGCUAUUAAUUAAAGCAGAAGCAACUGAACGUAUUUGGUUGAAAUUUAGUUCACACUGACCCUUUCUCUGAAUACCUUUCAUCCUGGUAAUUUGGUAUUGUAGGAAAUGUCUAUUAAUAAACAUAAUAUUUGUUAUGUGUUUUUUAAUAAAACCGCUUACAGAUAGCUCUUUACAUAGCUUAACGUGUUAUUGAGAGAGCUAUGCCUGGAGUCUCUCUGAAGGACAAAAUUCGGAACGAAGCAUUUACGUAUAUUCUAUAGACACGAACGUCCAUAAAAACUAUUUGUUCAAAAUCUGAAUUAAAAUGACAACCAAAAC